AUGGCUACCAUGCGAGGCACGCGUGUGCCUAUUGGCUCCGCCUCUUGGAUCGCCGAAGAGAGGACAACGGCCCUCAGCAUCGUCCAAGCAGAAGCCGAAGAGUUCUCCUUCGCUGCUAGGAACGAGGUGGACUGGCUUAACGAGCAUAUGGCUGGGAUCUUCAACGAGAACGAAGUGCACGUACAUCCCUGCACCAACAAGGCUUCGUUUGCUAACACUAUCUACAGAAACGUGGCCGAGAUUUUCAAGACUCCCGGAAAGCUCCGUGGCAAGACACCGCGAACGGCGCGUAAGGUCGACAAUGGCGAGCCGCGUGUGCCACUGUCCGAUGUGUUCUCCGCAACUCCCAAGGGCGCGCCGAAUGCCUUUACACAACAGCUUACUCGAACUUCUACAACCAAGAUUGAAGUCGCACAAACGACCUCGUCUCCCCUGAUUAGCAGAACUGUCUCCCCGCACAAAGCGACCGCAUCACCAAGACCCGCCGUCUCGAAGCAACCUGUUCUCUUGGCCGAUUCUGGCUACUAUGGCAGUCAGGAUAUGGAUAAUGUGGACGACAUGGACAUCGACCUCAUCGAGGAUGAAACACAGAUCGCCGAGCCUCGAUCCAGCCCUCCCAAGACUGGCGGACGGGGAGCCCAUGUCGCAUUCCACACCAACAACGACGAGAACGCGCCACAAAGUCCGACCGAGACGAAGACCAUGCGCUCUCCUGAAGUCACAUUCCAAACCGCCAAAGAGGACCAGACAACCCGUGUCAUUAAGGAUGUCACCAUCGAAGAGGCCGAGUCGUCAGCUCCUCAAAGUCCGGUAGAGGAGGUCGAGGUGCCCUCUUCCGUAUUCAGGUCCCCUAAGCCUCGUUCUGCGAAGAUUGUGUCGCCCGUAAAGACUUCUCCUAUCAAGACGUCGCCCGUCAAGCGCUCCCCUGCCAAAGAAAACUCACGAUCACCGUCACUUGGAGCAGCUCCGUCGCCCUCGCCUGAACCCACGCCCGAUGCGCAAUUACAGCAAGAAGUGGAUGUCCACCUCGACGACGACACCCGAUCCCCAUCCGUUGAUUCCAGUCCCAUCCGGCCUGUCAGGAAGAGCAGUCUCAACUUUGCUUCGCUCCCUGCGAGAGAACCCUUGAAGAACAAGAGUUUGGGACCUCGUGUGUCAAGGACAAGCCACCUUGAUAAUCACCGCACAAGUUACUACGGCAGACACACUGGCGGAAAGAGUCUAGGCAACAACGUGGAGGUUCUUGGUGAUUCCGACGAUGAGGAGGAUAACGACGAUAUGGACAUUGAUACUGUAGCGGAUACAACGGCAAAGGAUGCCGACAGCUACGCGUCUACUUACAACAAGGCCUACACUCAGCGUCUGCAGGAUCAAAUCAGCAUGCUCGGUAAAUCACAGCCGAAUGCCAGCCGACCCUCCAAGUCGAUUCCAAGCUCCGCAGUCGUCCAGCAACUUGCUCAGGCAACCGCUCCUCAGCCAGCACCAGAGGCUAGGCCUGCUUCGCCGAAGAAAUCAGCAGCGGCACCACCCACUCCUGGGGCGUUCCCCGAGGACGACGACGAAGACGAAGACGAUUGGAUUGCACCCCCUGUCCCCGCGAAGGACGGUCCUGCCUCUCCUCCGAGACCGCACUUGCCUAAGAGCCAUACGGCCGAUGUCAUGGAGGGCAUUGAUGGCACUGACACCGUCAGCGGCCCGGAGUUUGCUUUCCCUAAGCAGCGGCAACCCGUUGGCCGACCAGGUUCUCCCAAGCGGGCUCCCAUCAUUCCCGAUCGCACUACCAGCACACAUGGGCACGGCAAAUCUGCAUCAGUGUCGGCUUUGCCUGAUCUCUCUAAAGAUCAGAUGGCGGAAGACUUGACUUCUCCUCAGAAGCACGUUUCUGUUUCCAACCCUCUAUCCGCAGUGCCCGAGGACGGACGUCCUGUCUCCCCCAAGUCACCGACGCGAAGCUUCCGCGACAGCCCAUUGAAGCAGGUCAAGAACAAGCUGUCUUCGAUUUUGAAGACUUCCAAGGGUCUUCUUGCGAGCAGCGCGGCAAUCAGUGCCGAGGGCAAGUCAUCAAUUAUGUCGCCAUCAACCACCCGACUUGGUUUCCACUCUGAAUCGUCUUCGGAGUCUAUUGUUCCCCAGUCAGUUUCCGCCGAGCCUCUGUAUCCCGAUUUGUCCAAGCACAAGUCAGUCGAUACACAAGCGACUGCCCCACCUGGAAGCCCCGAGCGGCCUGUGGCGCGGAGAACGAGGGCAUCCGUCGAAAAGGAAAAAGAAGACAAGCGCAAGGAAAAGGAGUCACGGUUGAUGGCCGACCAGAUGAGCAAGCUUGACAGGGUCCGUGCUGAGGAACGCGAGAAGGCAAGAGUCUUCAGCGAAGAACAAGAAAAGGUUGCUGCCAUGGAGAAGAAAAUUGCCGCUCAGAAGGAGGAGAGAGAGAAAGAAAGGGAGAGAGAGAAAGAAAGGGAGAGAGAGAAAGAGAGGGAGAGGGAGAGGGAGAGGGAGAAGGCUGUACGAACGCCGGCACCUAAGGAAGCGCCAAAGCCCACGAGAACCAGCCCGCGCAAGGCUAAGAACCAAGCCGAGACCGAAUCAUCCGCACCAGCUGCCAAGUCGGAUAAGGAGGAGAAGGAGAGGCCAGACGUGGAAAUGGCGGAGGCGCCGGCCCCAGUGCCUCCUCCUUCAGCGCCUCGAUCUGCCGGUCCGAGCCAGUCGGCCAGGGCCAGAGAGCUUCGCCGCCCCACGAAGCCCACGAAGGAAACCGCCAGCAGGACGAAGCAGCAGCCAACCGUUAUUCGCGUGAACACUACUUCUCAACACUCUCAGUACCAUCCCUCAAACAGCCAGCUUUCGUCCAGCUUAGAGGGUACGCUUGGUUCAUCAAGUAAACCCAGGUCUCAGCCAAGCUCUCAUAGCAAGCAGGCUUCAGUCAAUAGCUUCAAGAGCUCCGCAGGAUCCACAGGCCGACCUAAGGCUCUUGAACUUGCUGCUAAGCGGAAAGAACAAGAAGAGCGAGAUCUCCAGAAGAGAAAGGAUGCGAAGCUCGAGCUCGAACGCAAACGCGCUGCUAUUCAGGAAGAGGAGCGCAAGCAAGAGCUCCAGCGACGUCAAGAGGCUGAGAGACAGAGAGAGCGCGAGAGAGAGAAAGACCAGCAAACCGAGGCAAAGAAGAGACAGGCUGCUAUCGAGCGUGCCAAGCAGACACGAGCUCCGCCCCCUGCUGCCCGAUCUCAACCAAACGGACCUCCCGAUUAUACUGCUAGCCAGCGAAGUGAUGGUCCUCCCUCGCGACCUCCUUCCCGUUUGCAAUCGACUAUUCCUCGGUCUCAGGAGGAUCGACCGGUGAAUGCAAUUCUUUCCAAUGCUUCAAAGGCCGGAUCUAAACGUCCUCUUCCGCAAGACGAGGAUAGCCGUAAGCCUGUUCGCAACGGACCAUCAUAUCAGACCAAAGAGGCCAAACGGAGGCGGACUAGCGACGACUUCGCAGAUGAGCUCGACAUGGACAUUCAGCCCCCGAACAUCAAGGGACCUCCCGUUCGACCUCCAUCAGUUGGCUUCAAGAAGGAGAUGCCCAAGCCGAUGUACUCGACCGGCUAUGGCAAUGGACCCCAGAGCGCAUCCAGAGAUUUGUUCAAGGGAGUUGUCACAGCUCAGCACAACAGCACGGUCAAGGCAACCAAGCAGCUGGAUAUCAACCAGUUUGCCAAGGGAGAGAUUCCGUUCAACCCGAAUCCCAACCCGGCAGGACCGGCGCACAAAACCCCAGCGCGGCCCGCGGCGAGUGCGAAGACGACGACUAUCAAGAAAUCCGCCACACGGUCGUCGCCUCGGUUCCAGGACGGCGAAAAGAUAGAAUUGCCCGAGAUCGACACGGAUGCCGAGGAUGACGACGACGCAGAUGAGUUCGUUGCCCCUUGGGCUGAUUCGCCCGACUUGCGAAGAGCUCUCAUGCGACAGGAGAAUCUAGACCCCAUGAAUGUUUUCGGCCCUCCACGCGCCCUGAACAUGGAAGAAGUUUUCAACAACAGCAAGGAGAGAUGGCACAAGUUCAGAGCGCGCACAUCAAGCGCAAACUGGAGCGGGUCAGACCGCUUGACAGAGGAUGAAAUCCGCAAGGAUAUUGCGGCUCGCGACAGGCUGCGUAGAGAUGGUGGUUGGUCUUACGAGAUGAGCAAAGAUUUGGCUUAA